AUCUUUUUAUUACAUAUUAAUAACUUACAAUAAAUCUAUCAGUAACUUAUAAUCAUUGAUAAUACUUGUAUGUAUUAAAUGUAUUUCAUUGCGUUUUGAAAGUUAAUUUCGAUACCUAUAAUUAUAAUAUUUCUCUUUUUUGUAUAUCCUUGAAUCAGCCCUGUACAUGCAUAUUGCAAUAUGUAAUAUCCCUAUUUGAAGAGAGUUAGUGACAAAAAUAUUUUCACGUAUCGCGAGUGAAAGAAGUAAAAAUAAUGAGCCUUAUAACAAAAUAUAUCGAAUCAUUCUACGAUAUAUUAUUACAACAUUCUAUGAUAUUAAUUGAAGCAAUUCCGCGAUUGUUUAAACCCACUGUUGUCGCUGGAUUCGUAGCAGUUGUUUCUUAUACGUUUUACCGUAUUCGUGCUUGUUGGUAUAAAAAAUUCAUGCAUAUAUCAAAACAAAAUUCAAUGGAAUUACAGGAAAUUAGAAAUUACAAACGCUCGUCUAUUAGACAUCGUAGCAUAAUCAGCCACAAAGAAAUGUUAAAUAACUUGGAAUAUGCGGCUGACAAUUGCUUUGAAAAAUUAUAUGCAUUAAAAUGCAUUGAUAUAGUAGUUUACUGUCCACAUUUAUUAAAUGUAAAGUCUCCAGUCAAUGAUUUGACACCCUUCCAUCGCAUUUGUCUACAAGGUCAUACAUGUCUAAUAACAUUCAUGUUAGCAAAGGGUGGUGAUCCUUUCAUUACCACCGCAAUAGGAGAAAAUGCUCUGUGUAUGGCUGUUUAUUAUUGCCUUAAUUAUCCAAUGCAAAAUGAUUUUUCAUGUCUUGAAAUACUUCAUAACACAGGUUGGGUUAUUUCGAAUGUGCAGCUUUGUAUUUAUAGUUCUGACAUAGUUUCUACUUUAAAUACAAAAAUGUUUAUCUUCUUUACAGGAUGCAAAUUCGGUUUUGAAGACAAAUGGUUUGAUAUUUUGUUAGAAAUGGCAUUUUCUAGCAACCAUACAAAACUAAUGCAGUGGAUGAUUUUGCAUCAUAAGGAUCCAUUAAAUAAUAUUUCCAGAAGUACCUCUACACCAUAUUGACCUUACAAAAUUAUAAACAUAAUUCAUAAAUACAUUAAAUAUAUACUUAAAUUUUGUUACUAUUACACAUAUUAUAUACUAUAUUCAUUGUGGUACUUAUGAAUUAUAUAAAAUUUAAGUUUUGAUAACAAAUUGUAACUAAUGAAAAUAAAAAUAUAUAUAUAUAGUUACUUCUGUUU